ACACACCCCGCCUUCCCUGAAUUUUCACCCGCGACUGGAUUUUCCAACAAGCCCAAUUCGACGGAAAAACUGCGAACCUGGCAACUCUGGCUGCUGCUGUGCUAGUGUGUGUGUGUUUGUGUGUGGCUGACAGCUCCAGCCCCCACUGCAGCAGCCGGUUAGCUAACAGGCUAAACCCGGCUAACCCCACAGCAGCAGCAGCAGCGGCAGCGCUCCGUGGAGGAAUCUGACAGGCAGCUGGAGGAGCAGGACGGGGAAUGCAGGCGGCAGAGAGCAGUAGUUCCAGAGCUGUUUGAGAGGCAGCACAGAGUGCUGUGUGUGGUGUUGCAGAGAUGAGGUAUCGCUGGUCGAAGAAGGUGACCCUGCUGACGAAGGCCUGUUUCUGCCUCUCCGCCCUGUGGCUCUUCUACCUCCUCCUGUUCCGCUCCUCUACUGCUGCACCUUCUGAGGAUGGGGCUGCUCACAACAUCAUGGUCCGGCAGUUUGCUACAGAAGCGGAGGAGGACGUGGCAAAUCUUCAGCGGCCCAUUUACGAGAAGCCUCCUCCGGACCCUAAUGCACCCGGAGAGUGGGGCAAGGCCACUCGACUAAACCUCAACUCAGAGGAGAAGAAACAAGAGGAGGACAGCAUCGAGCGCUAUGCCAUAAACAUCUUAAUCAGUGACAAGAUAUCCCUCCAUCGCCACAUUCAGGAUAACCGCAUGCAUGAAUGUAGAUCCAAAAAGUAUGAUAUUCGUCACCUUCCGACCACAUCUGUGAUCAUAGCUUUCUACAACGAGGCCUGGUCCACCCUGCUGAGAACCAUCCACAGUGUCCUGGAGACCACACCUGCUGUCCUGCUGAAAGAAAUCAUACUUAUUGAUGACUUCAGUGACCGAGUCUAUCUGAAGUCCCAACUGGAGCACUAUAUCAGUAACCUGGAACGUGUCCGUCUCAUCCGCACCAACAAAAGAGAGGGGCUGGUCCGAGCCCGACUCAUCGGUGCCACCUAUGCCACUGGAGACGUGCUCACCUUUCUAGACUGCCACUGUGAGUGUGUGCCUGGCUGGAUCGAGCCACUCCUCGAAAGAAUUGGGCAGAAUGAGAGCACAAUCAUAUGUCCAGUUAUUGACACCAUUGACUGGAACACGUUUGAGUUUUACAUGCAGACUGAAGAACCCAUGGUUGGCGGGUUUGACUGGCGGCUGACCUUCCAGUGGCACUCUGUGCCGGAGAUGGAUCGCAAGAGACGGAAAUCACGGACUGACCCCAUUAGGUCUCCUACCAUGGCUGGGGGUUUGUUUGCUGUGAGCAAGUCCUACUUUGAGUACCUGGGCACUUACGACAUGGGCAUGGAGGUGUGGGGAGGGGAGAAUCUGGAACUUUCAUUUAGGGUCUGGCAGUGUGGUGGUUCACUGGAGAUUCACCCAUGCUCCCAUGUGGGUCAUGUCUUCCCUAAGAAAGCUCCCUAUGCCAGGCCUAACUUCCUCCAGAACACAGUACGAGCUGCUGAAGUGUGGAUGGACUCCUACAAGCAGCACUUCUAUAACCGCAACCCUCCAGCUCGUAAGGAAACGUAUGGGGACAUCUCUGACAGGAUCCUUUUACGGGAACGACUCAAAUGCCAAAGCUUUGACUGGUAUCUGAAAAACAUCUACCCUGACCUCCAUGUGCCAGAGGACAGAACUGGCUGGCAUGGAGCUGUUCGUAGUAGUGGGAUCCCUUCCGAGUGUCUGGAUUACAAUGCUCCAGAUCACAGUCCCACAGGGGCUCACCUGUCCCUGUUUGGCUGCCACGGACAGGGAGGCAAUCAGUAUUUUGAGUACACGUCUAAUAAGGAGAUCCGCUUCAACUCUGUGACCGAACUGUGUGCUGAGGUUCCAACCGGUCAGACCUACAUAGGGAUGAGGCACUGUCCUCGAGAUGGAGAGCCAGUUCCUCCUACAAUCGUGUGGAACUUCAGAGAUGAUGGCAGCAUAUUUCACCCUCACUCAGACAUGUGCAUCACCUCUUACCGCACAACACAGGGGCGCACAGAUGUGCAAAUGAGCAGAUGCUCCAGUGGAGACAUGAAUCAGCGGUGGAAGUUUGAAUGACUCUAGUUCCACAUCACUUUUAACCUUAAGUGCAAUUACCAUGAAGAUAGCUCUUCAGUUAUCGGGAAGAAUGGUCAGAAGGAUCAUCUGAGAACAAAGAAGAUAUCAACACUCCAGUGGCCUUGUGAAACCUUCAUUUUAUUCCAUACUAAGACAGAGUUUCUCUGUUCACUAUACUGUGUUAACUCAUUUGACCACCCAGAACUGCUGAGGGCAGAGGAACGGAGAGAUAUCAAAACAAUGUGUGGAAAUGGAAGACCACAGCUUCAGUUUGUUUCAGUUGCUGGAAAAGACUGUUGAAGGUUUGCUGGCUGAAGGUUGGUUUAAAAGCUUGACAUGACUCAACCUAAAACAGUAGCUGAUUGAGCAAAAAAGUAAGCAGGAGUGUAGUGCCAUUAUUCUGGCAUUGUUUUUUUUGUUUGUUUUUUUCUAUGUCUCUCUAAUGGAUGGAUGCUUUGAAUGUGCUACCACACAUGGAUACCAAGACUUUACCAAAUAUGUAGCAGCAUGGGAAGAUGUGUUGGAACAGCAUUUGUGUUUACAUGGUUGCACUAAAUAUGUUUUAAUUGAUGAAUGCAUUCACAAAUUUGUGGGUUGUCCCCGGUUGGUAAAUCUCACAGCUGUUUUAUUUAUAAAAGAUUAUAUUCGAUGGGAAUCUUCAGGGACUGAGGAACUUGUUGGGCUUGCUGUAUAUCCCCUCCCCUCUUGUCAUUAUUUUCGUUCUAUUUCUUUUCGUUUUGAUGUUUGUGGCUGUAAAUGUUCAAAAUCCUGGGGGUUCUAGUCUUCUUUUUCUUAAUUAUUAUGUGGGUAUAAUUUGCUAAUUUUAUAAAGACUAUUUUGUAGCAGCACAUGUCAUCUUAUUAGUGUGAUUAGUUGAAAAAUUUGUUGGAUGGACAUCAAUUUUAAUUUAAGCAUCAGUUAAAGGAGAAAUCUGUGUGAAAUGGAUUGUGGUGUAGUGUUCUCUGGUUGCCACUAUCUUAAAAUUAAGUUACGAUAAGUUGACUGACGUGCGAAUAGGUAGUAUAGGUAAAAUAAUAGCACAAAUAAUUAUGUGGAAAUGCAGGAAUUCCAGCUGUUGCUGACAAGGCUUAUGCUUUGUGCUCGUCAGUCGUGUCUAUUUAUCAUGUCUUAAUUUCAAGAUGGCAACACCUGGAGAACUACCUUAAGGUACUGUGUUUAUUUCCAGUCUGUUUUAAGAAGCUACCUGUGAAUUUUUAAAGUUAUUAAAGUAAAUUUCAGAGCCCUCAGAAUACUUCCUUUAAGCUUGUUAAUGGUGUAAAAAUGGUGAUUUCUUUGCACGGGCAAUGCAAUCCCCAAUCACUAUAAUUGUAUGCUUGUGAGGAGCAUCGGCUACAAGUGCUGUAACUCUGAAUGCCGUAUCUCUUAUCACGUUUCACUGCACCACAAGUCCAUUUCACACUGGAUUUCUCCUUCAAGCUGGGCCUUAAAAAAUCAAAAACUGCACUCGAAAGUUGAUAGAGAAUUUGAAUAGUAGAAAUGUGCUCAAAAUAGAUGAAAUUGGGAGACUAAUUGUGCCUUAUUGCCACUUUAAUGCCUUUAAUGACAACUUCUGAAUUACCAGCAUUUAAAUUUACUCAGUACUGUUACUCUGUGGGCGUUAGAUGGAAAAUGAAUUCUUUCUUAUCAGUAUAUCUAUAGUUUCCCCAUUGAAAUCAAAUGCUGUUUUUUCAAGCAUGAACUCCAGUAAGUGUCCAUAGAAUCAGGUUUGGCUUUUAUCCUUACAGCCAGUGAUUUUUUUCGUGUCAGACAUUCUUGCUUUGUUCUGUAUAGUUUUAAAAAAAGGGUGAUAUAUGCAUUAGUCACAGUGACAGCAUUAUGCACUGUGAAUUCUUUGGAAUAAUAUUUGCUCUAUUCAAGUAAUGAAAUUCCAGUAUAGUUUUAAAAACAUGUAGAAUUAUUGCCUUAUGUAUUUUUUUCUGUAUUAAACUAUCUAGAGCCGUGGUAAGAUUUGUAUGGAAGCCCAUUUCCGCCACCUGAAGAAAAAAAAAACGUCCUCAACUAAGUCAUAAUUAUGAGAUAGAAAAGUCAUAAUUAUGAGAUAGUAAGUCAUAUUUAUGAGAUAAAAAGUCAUCUCAUAAUUAUGACUUUCUAUCUCAUAAUUAUGACUUUCUAUCUCAUAAUUAUGACUUUCUAUCUCAUAAUUAUGACUUUUUAUCUCGUAAAUAUGACUUACUAUCUCAUAAUUAUGACUUUUUUAUCUCAUAAUUAUGACUUACUAUCUCAUAAUUAUGACUUUCUAUCUCAUAAUUAUGACUUUCUAUCUCAUAAUUAUGACUUUAUAUCUCGUAAUUAUGACUUUUUAUCUCGUAAAUAUGACUUACUAUCUCAUAAUUAUGACUUACUAUCUCAUAAUUAUGACUUAGUAUCUCAUAAUUAUGACUUACUAUCUCAUAAUUAUGACUUACUAUCCCAUAAUUAUGACUUACUAUCCCAUGAUUAUGACUUUUUCUAUCUCAUAAUUAUGACGUUUUUUUUUCUUCAGGUGGCGGAAAUGGGCUUCCAUAGAUCUGUGACCUGCAGACUUUGUAUCGAACCCUAAUUGACCCCUUCUGAUCCAAGUACUUAAUACCUUCUGAAGUCACUGGUUGUGUCUAAAACUGUGUCCUGUUCACUAUCCCCCACAUACGAAUAUCUACUAUAAAGAGCACUGUUAUUGGGAACAGAAUUUAACAAGAUUGUGAUAUAUUUCUUCACCUGAUUUUGUGUGUUCACUGCUGUGCAGCAGCAGAUUGCUUUGCAUAAACAAUCUGAAUGACUCUCUUCCUCACAGAAGCUCUGCACAAAUCGUCAAACCAAACAAUGCAAUGAAUUAUGGGUAUUCCAUGUCCAACAAGGUUUACAUCAUUUGUAAACUACAACUGUAAACUCACUUUGCGGUGUGGAAUUGUUACAGCACACUGUUUAAACUCAGAUCUUGAUUUCGAUUAGUUGAAAUGGGGUGUGUUGGAUUUUGGGUUGGGGUUGAGACCUGCAGGAGCUAUCAGCAAGUAGCUCUCCAGGAGAAGGCAGGAGACCACUGGACUAAGGCAAAAAUAAGUCUUUGUUUCCCCCAAAUGUUAGCCAAAUGAAACAUUUUAACUGAAAAUGCUUUUCUUACUAUGGUCUUCCAGCUGUCUAAAUACCAUACUGUACAGAAUUAUUCUUGAAACUGGACACUUUUGAAAACCUUGUUAGAUUUUCCAGUUAGAAAUGCUGGGAGCUAGAUUGCAGCAGUGGUCAUUUUACUGGUUUCUAACAGGAUUCCAUGGACAUGCACAGAACCAACAGUGGCCUUGAAGACUUUUAUAAACUGACUUUAUUACUAACCUUUUUUUUUUGGCCUUUUUUUAGAGUGGCACUCAAUGUCUCCAAAAUUCUGUGAGAAUGUUUUUCUGUCUAUCUAUUCUUUUUUCUGUCUUUGGAUGAAACCUGGUUAUAAAGGGACCUUAAGGGGAUUGUGUAUCGAGUAAAUGAGUAUUUGAAACUACUGAAUAAGCACAAACUAUGGUGAUUGUGAUUGAAAAACAAUGAUUUAUUUGUGUAUCUUGUUUGCGGACUGUUCUGAAUCAUCAAAUUCUGAACAAGUGACAUUUUAAGACUUAAAUGAACCAUGUUUGUCAUUGUUCUGUUGAAAUCAAGGUGAAUUUUUAUAUCUGAACUGUAGACACCAUAAAGACAAGAAGCUUC